ACGCCCGAUUCUGAAUGUAAAGGGCGUUUUUCUUUUACUUCAUUCCUAGCCUGUUUCUGGCCUUUUUGUCUGAGCACUAGAUCGUCAUGCUACUGCAAAAGGGUGAUAAAGUAUGGCUGGACAUUACACAAGGAGGAGAGUUUGAAGUUCCCAUUGGAGCUGUCGUGGAGUUCUCUGAUUCUGGACAAAUUAAAUUAAUCGAUGAUGAUGGUGGAGAACAUUGGAUUGACCCAAGGAAGGACAAGAAUAGGAUUAGGCCAAUGCAUCAGACCAGUGCUGAGGGAGUGGAGGACAUGAUACAGUUGGGUGACCUCACUGAGUCUGGAAUAAUGCACAACGUUCAAAUGAGAUAUCACAACAAGAUGAUUUAUACAUUCACCGGGUCAAUCUUGGUAGCUCUUAAUCCUUACAAGGUUCUGCCAAUAUAUGACCAGGAACACAUCCAUAAAUACACUAACAAGAGGAUUGGAGAGGAGCCACCACACAUAUUUGCAAUUGCAGACAAUGCUUACCACUUUAUGUGCAGGGAAGAGCAUGAUCAGUGUGUUGUGAUCACGGGUGAGAGUGGAGCAGGGAAGACAGAGUCCACUAAACUUAUUCUUCAGUUUUUGGCUCACGUGAGUGGACAGCACACAUGGAUCGAGCAGCAGAUUUUGGACACUAACCCAAUUCUUGAAACAUUUGGUAAUGCUAAGACACAGCGUAAUGACAAUUCCAGUAGAUUUGGAAAGUACAUUGAUGUACAUUUUGAUGUAAGUGGUCACAUACAAGGUGCCAUGAUUCAGCAGUAUCUACUGGAGAAAUCACGUAUAGUCAAUCAGUUAAAUGGAGAGAGGAAUUAUCACAUUUUUUAUCGUAUUCUUGCUGGACUGUCAAAAGAUGAUCUCUCCAAACUUGGUCUUGUGAAAGAUCCUUGGCAGUACAGUUAUUUAACUAAAGGUGAUACAGUGACAGUUGAUGAUCCAAAUAUGCAAGACCUUGAGGAGUUUAAGCAUGCUACUGGAGCAAUGAAGGUCUGUCAGUUUACUCAGGAUGAUCAAUGGAAUGUGUGGACCAUUGUUGCUUCUGUAAUGCAACUUGGUAACAUUGAGUUUGAAGAAACUGAAAAGAGGAACAUGCCAGUAGCUUACAUUGAUGCUAAAGAAGCUCUCAACCUCUCCGCAAAAUCUCUACAGGUGUCUGCUGAGGCACUAGAGAAUGCAUUAUGCACAAGGAGGACCAUAACUCAUGGUGAAUCAAUAAUAAGUCCACUCUCGUCUGCUGUUGCAUGCAAUGUGAGGGAUGCCUUUGUCAAAGGAAUCUAUGGCCGACUCUUCAUUUGGAUCGUAAAGAAAUUGAAUGAAGCUAUCUAUAAGCCACCGGAGGGCAAAGCAAAGAAGCACAUAUCUAUUGGCGUUUUGGAUAUUUUUGGUUUUGAGGCUUUCGGGAAGAACAGCUUUGAGCAGAUGUGCAUUAACUAUUGCAAUGAGAACCUUCAACAGUUUUUCGUGCGCCACAUUUUCAAAUUGGAGCAGGUUGAGUACGACAAGGAAAAAAUUAACUGGUCCCGUAUUGAGUUUAAGGACAAUCAAGAGAUUCUUGAUCUUUUGGGACAGAAACCACUCAACAUUAUAUCUUUGAUUGACGAAGAGAGUCGAUUCCCCAAAGGUACUGAUGACAGUAUGCUGGAUAAAUUGCACAAGCAGCAUUCAAAGCAUCCUCACUACAUUAAACCAAAGUCCCAAGCAAGGAGGGCAUUUGGUAUUCAACAUUUUGCAGGAGCUGUGUUCUAUGAUGCAGAUGAGUUCCUUGAGAAGAACAGGGACACUUUCUCAGCUGAUCUCUUUGAUUUGUUGCAAUCAAGCAAAUCAAAGUUCCUCGGUGGAUUGUUCAGUGGAGAGAAAGCAAUGACGUCAGAGACAAGAAAGAAAGCUCCUACACUUGGUCUGCAGUUCAAGCAAUCUCUUGACGCAUUGAUGAAGACUCUUGAAGCAUGCCAGCCCUUCUUCGUACGCUGCAUCAAACCAAACGAGACAAAGAGCCCACUACUGAUUGAGAGAGAACUCUGUGUCCGUCAGUUGAGGUACUCUGGAAUGAUGGAAACCAUUCGUAUACGUAGAGCAGGGUACCCUAUUCGCCACUUGUUUCAUCAUUUCAUUGAGCGUUAUCAGUACUUGGUUCCUCAGCUCCUGAACAAUUAUCCUGAACGCAAGGCCGCCUGCAAAGUGAUCUGUAAGAGAGUCCUUGGAGAAUCUUCAGACUACCAGAUUGGGAUCACUAAGAUAUUUCUCAAGGAUCAAGAUGAUCAACUACUUGAAGAAACAAGAGAGAUUCAGCUAACAAAGCGUGUGGUCAUCAUACAGAAGACAUUCAGAGGUUACGUUGUACGCAAGCAGUAUAAAAUGCUUAAGAGGGCAGUACUCAUAGUGCAGAAGAACUGGAAGAGGCUUCAAACCUCAAGAGAUUAUCGUAAAAUGAGAAGAGGAUUCAUACGACUCCAGGCUUGCUUCCGCUCAAGGAAAGUCCGCAGGUGGUACCUCACAACAUACUCAAGAAUCAGGAGAUUCCAAUGUCGAUGCAGGGGAUAUCUAGCACGAGAGAGAGCAAGAGAGAAACAGAGAGCUAUAAUUAAGAUACAGUCAGUGUUCAGGGUGAUACUGGCGAAAAAAAUACUGAAAAGAAAAAGAAUUGAAAAAAAAAGAAGAGAUGAAGCUGAGAGGAUAAAGAGGGAAGAGGAAGAAAGACUCAAGAGAGAAAUGGCAGCGGAAGAAGCAAGAAAACAAGCAGAGAAGCUGCAUCAAGAAAGGCUUGCAAAAAUGGAGAAAGAAGAUAGAGAGGAAGAAGAGAGAAAGAAACAGGAGGGAUUAAAGAAAGCUGAGGAUGCUAAAAGAAAAGCUGAUGAUGCGAGGAGGAGGGAAGAGGAAGGAGAAGAGGAACAGGAACCAAUAGAGGACUCUGAAGUUGUCCAGCAAAUGUUUAAUUUCCUUGACAGCGACUCUAAACAUAUCAGCGAAACUGGAAAAAUUGAUAUCCCCCUUCCUGAGGAUGAUGAAGACCUCUCGGAGUACAAGUUCCCGAAAUUUGCCGCCACUUAUUUCCAGGGAAAUGCCACGCCUUCCUGGGUCAAGAGAAAGAAGCUCAAGCAUCCGCUACUUGCACUGAAGCACGAGAUAGACACACUGCUUGCAUUGGAUAUAUGGGUAAUGAUGCUAAGGUUCAUGGGUGACCUACCUGAGCCAGUGGUAGAGGAGGACAUUCCCAAAGAGGCAGCCCCCACUGGCCUACGUAAGAAAGUCAGUACUCUUGGACGAAAGUUCCUCAUGAACAAUAACAAGCUGAUUGCACAGACCGGAGGAUUGGAAGGAGAGGAAGGAUAUCAGCCAGGAGAAGAUGAUGAGCAAGCAAUGUCUCGAGGUGAAGAGAAGCGAAAGGAGAGCCUCAGACGUCGUCUUGUGUCCAUGACACUCAAGAAGGUUACCAAGGUUCCUCAAGAGGUUAUGAACAUGAGCCAGGAGAGCGAAUCAGCUGUUUUGGAGUCCUCAAAAGCACUUCUGCGUCCGACGACGAACCUUGAAAAACUUCAUUUUAUUAUUGGGUUUGGUAUCCUCCGCCCUGAACUGAGAGAUGAGAUUUACUGUCAGAUAUGCAAGCAGCUCACACAGAAUCCCAACAAGUCCUCACACGCUCGUGGGUGGGUGCUCCUCUCCCUUUGCGUUGGCUGCUUUGCUCCCAGCAAGAGGCUCAUUAAGUAUUUGCGUUGCUUCAUUACUGAGGGACCCCCUGGUUAUGCCCCAUAUUGUGAGGAGAGACUUCGGAGGACACUAAUGAAUGGACCAAGACAGCAGCCUCCAUCUUGGCUAGAAUUACAAGCUACCAAGUCAAAGAAGCCCCUUAUGCUACCCAUUACGUUUAUGGAUGGAAGUACCAAAGCUUUGUUAGCUGACAGUGCUACCACAGCAAAGGAACUCUGCACCCUCCUGGCAAAGAGAAUUGGAUUGAAGGAUCCUUUUGGUUUCUCACUGUACAUAGCACUCUUUGAUAAAGUGUCCAGUUUAGGUAGCGAAGGUGAUCAUAUAAUGGAUGCCAUAUCUCAGUGUGAGCAAUAUGCUAAGGACAUGGGAGCACAGGAGAGGAGUGCCCCAUGGAGGCUGUUCUUUCGUAAGGAGAUCUUCUCCCCAUGGCACAAUCCUUCUGAGGAUCAAGUCGGUACUAACCUCAUCUAUCAACAGAUUAUCCGUGGGAUAAAAUUUGGAGAGUAUCUCUGUGACAAGAAUGAAGAUUUGGCCUCAUUAGCAGCCCAGCAGUAUUAUAUUGAGUAUGGUGGUGACAUUACCAGCGAGAGAGUAGGCACAUUGCUAGCUCAGUAUAUUCCUGAUUCCUGUCUUGCUGGUAUGGGCAUGAAAGAAAGGUGGAUUGGAGUGAUAGUCAAAGCAUUCAAAGAGGCUCCAUAUGUUCAGAACAGGAUCGAUCGCAACAGGGUAAAGGAAGGUCUCAUCAUGUUUGCCAAGUACAGAUGGCCGCUCCUCUUCUCGAAAUUCUUUGAAGCAUAUCGCUUCUCCGGACCCACACUGCCUCAAAAUGAUGUCAUUAUUGCUGUUAAUUGGACUGGAGUUUAUUUUGUGGAUGAUCAGGAACAUGUUCUAUUGGAGACAUCAUUUCCUGAAAUAACCAACGUGACAUCAAGCAGGACUGCUAGCGGUCAGAGUUUCACUAUAGUAACAGUUAAAGGUGAAGAGUACACUUUCACUUCAGCUAAUGGAGAGGAGAUAUGUCAGUUGGUUAAUUAUUUCUUGGAAGGAUUACGCAAGAGAUCUUCAUACGUCAUACCAACCAUGGACUAUCAGAGCCCAGGUGAAGGUAGUGAGUUUUUGAGCUUCAGGAAAGGAGAUCUCAUCAUUCUUGAAGAUGACACUUAUGGUGAGAACGUGAUGCAGUCUGGCUGGUGCUCUGGAACCUGUGAGAGGACAGGACAGAAAGGACACUUCCCUGCAGAGUGUGUGUACAUACUACCCACCAUAACAAAACCUGUCCCUGAAGUACUAGCUUUAUUUGUUGGCCAGUCUCAGAAAGACAUGGAGCGUAUUAUAGCAACCACACAAUCAGCUCUUGAAGAUGACGAACAGGACACUGGAGUGCCUUACACUCUAGAGAAAUACUCGUAUGAGUACUUUAGAGUGCCAAAGUCUAAAACUCUUUCCGGCUCCAUUCGAGGUACUCUGAGAAAGAAGUCAGCAGAGACAGAGAUAUGGGCCCACGUGAAGGAACCAAUCAAGAAAGCAUUGCUCAAGAGGUUUGAUAAGCAACCUGAGGAACUUCAUCAAAAGGCUUGUGCUUCAUUCCUUGCUAUCUUAAAGUAUAUGGGAGAUUAUCCUUCCAAGAAACAAAGGCUUAGCACAGAAUUGACUGACCAAGUUUUUGAACAUGUUCUUUCUCAGGAGGUACUGAGAGAUGAAGUUUACUGUCAACUUAUAAAACAAUUGACCUUCAACAAAUUAAGAGCUAGUGAAGAGAGAGGUUGGGAGCUCCUCUGGCUGGCCAGUGGUCUGUUUCCAUGCAGUCAAAUUCUUCACAAAGAGAUCAACCAGUUCCUGAGAUCACGUAUCAAGCGAUGGCCAAUUGCCGCUGAUAUUCAACAACGAUUAUACAAAUCAGCUCAUUCUGGUGCUAGACGAUAUCCACCUCAUUUGGUUGAAGUUGAUGCAAUUCAAAACAAGACAACACAAAUAUUUCAUAAAGUGUUCUUCCCUGAUGACUCAAGCCAGGCUUUUGAAGUUGAUUCAAGCACAAGGUCACGGGAUUUCUGUGCAACAAUAGCGGAGAGACUUGGUCUAAAGUUCAAGGAAGGUUUCAGUUUAUUCGUAAAGAUUGGGGACAAGGUUAUCAGCGUACCUGAGGCUGACUUCUUUUUUGAUUUUGUGCGUCAUCUGACCGAAUGGUUGAAGAGAGCUAGAGGCAAAGAUGGUGCUAAUUCUAAUCCCAGUUACAAAGUUUUCUUUAUGAAGAAACUGUGGGUAAACAUAACCAUUGGCAAAGACAGAAAGUCGGAUGUGAUAUUUCACUAUCACCAGGAGCUCCCCAAGUAUUUAAGAGGUUAUCACAAGUGUACUCGUGAUGAUGCAGCUCUUCUUGGUUCUUAUAUUUAUCGCGUUAAGUUUGGAGACACUAGAUCCCACUUUGGAGAAAUACCUCAAAUAUUGCGUGAGCUGAUACCCCAUGACAUGCUGAGGGAGUUCCAUCCAGAGGACUGGAAAAGGGCAAUUGUUGCUAAUUUCAGUCGUCAUCAUGCUAAGUCUUCAGAAGAAGCAAAGAUAAGUUUCCUCAAGUACGUGAGCAGGUGGGACACUUUUGGAUCAGCAUUCUUUGAAGUCAGGCAAACAACAGAGCCUCGUCUGCCUGAAAUCUUACUCAUUGGUCUUAAUAAAAAUGGCGUCAUGUUGAUAGAUCCAGCAAAUAAAGAUAUACUGGCUAUUCAUCCUUUCACCAUGAUCUCUAACUGGAGUUGUGGGUCCAACUAUUUCCACAUGACUAUAGGGAACCUAAUCAAAGGCAGCAGACUCCUCUGUGAAACAUCUCUGGGUUACAAAAUGGAUGAUCUGUUGACUUCAUACAUAUCUCUUGUGCUUGCUAACAUUAAUAAGAAGAAUCCAGAAGCUGUGGGAGGAGCUGGCAGUAAACGCUAAAAGGGAAACUUUUUAUAAUAGAGAACAAAGACAUCACUUGAAAUUAUUAUUAUUAUUAUUAUUAUUAUUAUUAUAUUUUAUAUUUUUAUUAUUAGGAUUUUAAUCUAUUUUUUGCUACUUUUUAUAAAUGCUUUUAUUUUGUUUGUGUGUUAUUGUUAUUUUUUACAAUUGGCUAUUAGCUAUUAUUAUUACUUUGGUAAUUAGAUGAGCUAUAAAGAUGUGCAAA